AGCAUGUCGGUAACUGUUGGAAACGGUAAACAUUCGUCACGUGUGUAUGAUACCCGUGUUUGAAGAGAUCCACGGUAGACAACGGUGUUGUUGGUCAAAGCUGCGAACGAUAUAAUACCAGAAAAGAUUUACAGUCUGAUUAAGCUGUAACCAUGGCAACCUACCCAAUGAUACAACAGCCUGUCCCUCAAAUGGUAAUACAACAGCCUGUCGCUCAGGUGAUCCCUCAAAGGAUCGGCGAGGUACAAGGACACAGAGACUGGUCGACUGGGCUAUGUGGCUGCUUCUCCGACUGUGGUUCAUGUUUGGCGACGUAUUUCUGCCUGCCGUGUAUGGAGUGUCGGAAUGCCACCCGCCUUGGCGAGUGCUGCCUGUUGCCCUACUGCUGCGCUGGCUCAAACAUCGCCAUGCGAGCUCGCUUACGGACUCUCGGCGGAAUACGGGGAAGUAUCCUGGGUGAUAUCUGUGCUCUAUCAUGCUGCUACAUGUGCGCUGUUUGCCAGAUGUCCAGGGAGAUGGACAAUAUGGGGAUGUAGAGCGGAGAUCCUGAGUUAUCAGAAAAGCCGUCCACAAUACAUAUACCUAGAAACACUGUUAAUCCGAGAAUAAUGUUUACUUUUAUGAUUUUUAUAAGUAAACAUCAUGUGUUUAUUUUCACAAAUAAUUUGAUAAAGAUCUGACAUCCAUUCGUUUUCGAAAAUUGAUAGCUGGCCGGGACUAGUCUUAAGCUAUACCAAAACGACAAACAAAACAGAAAUUGUUUGAUAUUGAACAAUUCGUUGAAAAUAAUUAAGUUAUUUGCAAUGGAAACAACAAAAAUUUAUUUUAAAAAAGCGAGAUAUUUUGUCGAUGUUUUAUCACUGUAUAAUAAGCUCUACCAAUAAAUUACAGUGUAAUGAAA